UCACAAGCAGAGUGGAGUAGGCGCCAGUGGGCCAUGUGCGCGCCUGCCUGCCAAGUUCACGCCAGUGGGCCGGCGCGUUGACGUCUCCUCUCGCCCACGCCGGCGAGGCGGCCACCGCCACCGCGUUCGGUUCUCGGUUCAGAUCCGGCCAGCUGCUCGCCGCCACCGCCCUAAAUCGUCUUGCUGGUCUCCGGCUGGGAUACGUUCCGACCAGGCGGCCACCGGCCGGAUUCUUGCCCUACAGCGGCCGUCACGUCCUCGCUCGGCGCCAUUAUUAGCUAGUAGUUCCCCUUCCCCCAGCCCCACAGUGCUUCUGCAGGAACAGUUUCUUCUGGUCAGGUGGAGUCAGUUAAGCAUUUUCCAGCAAAGAGAAGCUUUGUGCAUCUCCACCAUGUCUGCGACGGCUGGUGCUACCAAGUUCCUCCUUUGGCUACUCCUCUUGAGCACGAGCAGCAGCUCGCCAUCGUGCUCUGCUUCCGAACUUGACAUCACAUGCCUCAAGACUGUAAAACAGUCAGUGGUCGAUCCCAACGGCAUACUGGAAUCAUCGUGGAAUUUCGACAACGCCACCAACGGCUUCAUUUGCUGGUUUACAGGUGUGGAGUGCUGGGGCCGCAGGGUUCACGCGUUGAAUCUCAGCAGCUUGGGUCUUGAAGGCCAGUUCCCUCAAGGUCUCGAGUACUGUACGGCCUUGUUCAGGCUGGACCUGUCGAACAACAAAUUCUCAGGACCCAUCCCUUGGAACAUCGCACAGCAGGCGGCAUACUUGACGUCUCUUGAUCUCUCCUACAACAGUUUUUCAGGUGAAAUCCCAAUCGGCAUCUGCAGAGACCUGAACGUCCUGAACAUUCAGCACAACCAACUCAGCGGUCAAAUUCCAAGGGACUUCGAUGAGCUUCUUCGGUUAACAUCGCUCAGUGUCGCAGACAACCAGUUGUUUGGGCUUAUUCCUUCGUCUUUGUCCAAGUUCCCGGCAUCAAGCUUCUCUGGUAACCAAGGGCUCUGCGGUCCACCGCUGGGUGAUUGUGCCAAUACAAACGAAUCGAGUCUGAUAUGGUACAUCAUCGACGACAUGAUCAAAGACGACUUCAUUGUUGUUGGCGCAGCUGCUGGGUUCGUGGUGGGAUUCGUGGCGGCGUUCUACUUCCCGCACUUGUUUGUCUUCUCCCAAAAGCUCCAUCCAUAUGUCUACCGCAUCUGUUGAUAUGUUCCAUGGUCUGAAGCCUUUCAUUUGUUCCACUACAUCUUUCCUCCGGUUUCUUGUCAUCUGUCUCAGAUUCAGAAGUUUCUCAAAUAAGAUUAAGUAUCAUACUGAAUCUACCUUGCAUGUUCUUUUUGCAGAAACUUUUUCCAUGCACGAAAACUUAACUCUGAUCUGCAUGACUAGUUAAAACUAUCCACUGAUUGUACAUCUUAUUCAAAUCA